CUGCCACGUUGAGUACCCUCGGGACCCCCUGUCUACGUAAGUCUCGGUGAAACUCGACUGUAUCCUCUUAUUGCCUGAUCUCCGGGUUUGUAAUGAUGGAGAUAUAGAAUGCCACAUGUCCGGAGCAGUUUAUUUUUGAGCUAAUGGUUGCUGGUGGUAGGUAUAACAUUGCUCAACAUUGAGCAAGGGACAUCAAAGCAAGCAUACUAUCACGAGUCCUCAGUCUCCUCAAAUGAAGGUGGCCAAUUCAUCAAACUUGCAAGGCUGAAUCUAUACCUGUGAUGAUUGAUGGAUGUUGUGAAACGCAUCUCUCGUACCAUCGUGCUCAACUAUACCUAUGCGGUUCAUACGUCAUCAUUUGCCCCUCCUGGCACGCGUACCAGCGGCAUAAGGGAGUGAACAAUCAGGCUUCAAGUGCUCGUCCAUGACCCUUAAACCUCGUCUCCGCCUUCACAAUCUACUCCCAACUCACAAGCAACCUGUCCAGAAUUCUGCAAGAGCAAUCUACGAGACAACAAGAUCACUACACGCUUCACGACAACACAACAUGCCUCUCGUCGUCCCCGGCCUCAACUCCAAGGACUCGUCCUCGAGCUCCGACUGGCAGACUAAGCUGAUGGGCAAGAAGAUUGGUGAAACCAGUAAUGAGACUACUUUUGCAAAGAAAGACCUCCCGGAGACGCACCGAGUAGUCAAGGAGGGUGACAUGAUGACCAUGGAUCACAACCCUGACAGACUCAACAUUCAUGUUGGUGAAGACAACACGGUCAGAAAGGUCACACACGGUUAA